GACAGUGACCAUGUAGCAUGUAAAAAGUAAAGACUUGCUUAUGUUAAUGUUUGUUGUUUAUAAUUGUAGGAUAUACAACUUUUUUUCGUUGAUAAAAGAUCUUAGUCUUUUACAUAUCCUUGGUUAAUACUAAUAGAGUAUGAGUAUGUUCAUUUGAAGUUAAACGUUUGUGUCUAUCAUAAUCAUGUAAGUUGUUGCUCCCGUUGUUGUUUAGCUUCCACAAGAUCGUUGAAGACUUUGAAUACAGAACAAAGAACAAUGGAAGACUCAAGCUCAACGGCCAUAGAGACAGAUGUGGCCUCCCCCGCGAGGACGCCAGUCGUGACUGCGUCAAAAACCACUAGGCCUCCAAGGUUCCUUCGCAUUUUACGUCUAUCACGUUUCAUCCAGACUCUCUCCGCCUUGGGGAUUAGUAUCCUUUACCUUGUGGACAUUGGUUGCUUUCUACAUCCGGAUGGUGGUUUACCUGCUGGCGAGGUGAGGGAAUUCUACCACCAUAAAUUGGAAAAGGGAGUAAGAGAGCAGGCUCUCAUGGGAAAAGGUGAUGGCGGAAGUCGGAGACUUCAGUAUGUCCGCGAACGACCACUCAUGGAAGACCCUGUCACAGGAGAAAUCAAGCUGGAUGAUCCAGCACAAAAACCAGCAUUCAUGAAUUUUCCUAUACUUUUAGAAAACGGUCAAGCUACGAAAAGUGCCGCGGUUAGGGAAUACAGUUUGGAAGAGAUGAAGGAAAUCCAGAUGGAUCAUGGGGAAGGUGAGCAAGAAUUCCACAAGAAAACCAUCUGCAAUCUUGCGAGAACGGCAGUUGAAACUAGAAGGACAGCGAGAUACGAAGCUCGAAAACGUGGUAGCGUCUUGUUAUGGUCAGCUUUUAUCAGUCUUUCUCCUCACCAAGGUCGGUGCCCUCGUCUUCCGUGAAAAAAUACAAGGAAAAAGGUAUCGAGAUGUUGAGGGUAUCGAGAUCAUGUUGACCAAAAGCUGACUCUAAUUUUGCAUCGGAUUGGUUUGUUUCUCCGGGAUGGCAUCACCUAUGGGAGUUUGGACUUCACGGGAAUGACAUUCAGUUUUGAGGCGUUGGCGAAGAAACAGAUGAAGAAACUAUGUAGUAAGCAGGCAGAAGGAGCAGUAGAACAAGAAGAAGCUUGCCCUCUCAAGGUCGAUCAUCCAGAGGUGUGCGAGGCAGUGUACAAUGGAGCAACCAGGACGAACGAGUUUUACAAUAAAGCAUUACUUUCAAACGGCAUGAGUGCUAAAGAUGGAGAUGCGAACAACAAGAACAUCAUCAAAGAUCAAGUUUUUGGCACUUUGGAAGGCUACGCAGCGUUUUUGGUGGAGACGACAGCGAUGUACCUGGCUUUCGCUUUAACGGCGAUGCUGUUGGGUUUGAGCUCUGACUGGCUGUUGCGGAGGAUAUAGCUUUUUGAGACUCGAGAACGCGAUCAUGUUCAUAGCGUCGAAGAAUAAGAUUUUCUAGUUCUUUGACUUCACCCAGAAACCCUGACUCUACUUUUUCAAGUCUGAAGUCG